GUUGCGUCAUCAGUGCGCGACACCGCGGCAUCAGAAUGCUGACAUGGCCGCGUCUAGCGAGCUGAGACUCACUUUAUGUAUCUGUCUUGUUCUUAUCCUGGGAUUUUCUUCGGUUUCCGCGCUCAUUGAGGGACUGUAUUGCGGGACUCAAAGCUGUUAUGACGUGCUGGGAGUCUCGCGUGACGCCAGUAAAGCUGAGGUCGGACGCGCGUACCGCCAGCUGGCCCGGCGAUAUCACCCGGACAGAUAUCAGCCCGGAGAGAGCGACGAUUCCCGCGAAACCGCGCAUCAAAAGUUUCUGCUGGUCGCUACUGCUUACGAGACACUCAAGGAUGAAGAAUUACGUAAGGACUAUGACUACAUGCUGGACCACCCAGAGGAAUACUACAGCCACUACUAUACCUACUACAGGAGAAGACUUGCUCCCAAAGUAGACGUUAGGAUAGUGAUUCUUGUAACUAUCUGUGCAGUUUCACUGUUUCAGUAUUUCAGCUGGUGGAGUAGUUACACAGAAGCCAUCAACUACCUGAUGACGGUUCCCAAAUACCGCAUCCAGGCUACUGAACUGGCCAAGCAGCAAGGUCUGCUGAAUAGAACCAGAGAGAAGGGCAAGAACCGGCGCUCCAAAGAGGAGAUCCGUGAAGAGGAGGAGCAGAUUAUCAAAGACAUAAUCAAGAACAAGAUAGACAUCAAAGGCGGCUAUCAGAAGCCCAAUGUAUCUGAUAUUCUGCUUUGUAAAAUCAUUCUGUUCCCUUACCAUCUGUGCACCUAUGUGGCAUGGAACUUCUCGUGGUUUUACCGUUUCACCAUUCGCCGGGAGGAGUAUGGGGAUGAGGAGAGACUUUACAUUAUCCGCAAGUACAUGAAGAUGUCACAGGCUCAGUUUGAUGGUCUGGACAACAGCCUGAUAGAGACUUUCCUCAAGCAGCAGCUCUGGAUCAAAGAGAAUUAUGAGACCUACAAAGAGGAGCAGGAGGAAGAAAUGAAGAAGAAGAUGGCCACAGACUCACGAUGGAAACGCUACAGGCGUUGGAUGAAGAGUGAGGGGCCUGGACGCAUCACUUUUGCUGAUGAUUGACCUCACUUGAACAGAGAGCCACCCCAGAUGCACGUCCAGCCUGAACAGCCUGAGCUCAUAUGAGUUAUGACACAUAGCUCUGUGCGUCCUUGUUUACAAUAGACUGACAAUGUGCAUGUCAUUUACAAGACUGCCUUUCCUCAUAUAAAGUCUUUAAAGGCUUUUUGAUUGUACUUAUGGAGGAUCAUUUGAUUUUUCUGUCAAUGCAUUGUAGGAACAGACUGUGUUGGAAACAUAACGAAAAGUAACUGUGUAAUAACAUUGUGUUGUUUUACCAGGAGAAAUAUUAUCACAGGCUGAAGAAACCCAGAGUUAUAGUUUGAAAAAUGCCUCAUUUCAAACACUGAAAGGCUUUGUGUCUAUUUCUUUCUGUCAGCUAUAAAUGUUACGUCACCCGAUGCUGUGCUUGUGCCCUGAAGGCAUUUCCCCCCCUCUUUCUUUCUUCCUUUUUUUGCAUGUAUAAAAUCACAUUGAAUUCAUCCAGCUUUAGUACUGAAAUAACGUUUUAUGGUUUGGUUAGCAAUACUUGUUUACCUUGUAGUAAUUCCUGUUCAUGAGCAUCCUGGUGACAUCCAUGAUAUCACUUUAAAACAGUGCAGACAACAGGUUGUCAUGUAGUUGAUAUAAUAUUUUAUCAGUAAUUUAUCAUAUAUUAUUAUCUGUGCAUUACCAAUGCUGCACAUAAAUAGGUCUAUCCCCAAUGACUUUUCAUUGAUUCAAGGUAGUAUGUAUUUGACUAUGUGCCUUCAAUUAAUGCUUAUAAUUGGGGUGUCACGAUAAAUCGAUUUGUUGAUCGAUUGUUUUUUUUUUUUCAGAAUACAUCGUGAUUCUUUCCUGAAUUCAGAAAAUUGCAGAAUCGAUCCACAAUUUAUCAUGACAUCCCUAUUUGUAAUUUCUUCAUUUCAGUGGAAUUUCAAAAUACAUU